GCUGAGUAAACGUGUGUUCACUUGCUUCGCGUGUGUCGGGGAAUGGUUACUCAAGGACAAGCCCACUCUGGUGGCGGCUCCUCUCCGACGGGGGAAGAUCCUCAAAGGACGUCGUCAACACCAACCGCCACAACCGGUCCACGAGGUCACAAUGUGGAUGAACAACGAGGAUCCCACAACUUGUGGUGCGACUGCAGCAAGAGGGCCUGGUAUGUGGACUGGGUCUGCCAAGACACCUCCAACCCGUUGCAACCUCAAUGCGGGUCUGUCUUGUUCGUUGUGGGUCGCGGCGAUACGAUUUGUCUCGCAGGGUCCAUCGUCGGUUGGGCUGAAGGAAACGGUGACAUUCUGCGUCUCACCUUGCGGAAGUUGUACCGAAGUGACGGGUCUGUCGACGGGCUCGCCAAAGGAUGCAGGGUUUCAGGGAGGAUGUUCUGGGGAUAUGGCGAGAGAGCGAUGGCUUUGCCCAUCUUCGUUCCCUUGGCGCCAUGCCACGACGAAGCCGUGCACUUGAAAGACUUCCUCGAGGUCUGGUCGAGUACAGUCGGCCCUAACAAUGCCAUGGACGUGGACCCUGGGACAUCGAUUAGUGGUGCAAUUGGGUUCGCGGGAGGAGAACGUUUUCGCGAAGGUGCGGGAGGCGGGGCUGGACUUGCCGGUACGCCUCCUGAUCCGCAAAAGGACGCCGUGUUGCGCGUCCACCCCGAGAGAAUCUUGCAUAUUCCCGAGUGGGAAGACGCAUACAACCACCGAUCCCUGGACGAGUUUCUCGUGGAUACCAUCGCGGAGGUCAUGAUCGAAUCUUACGAAAACACAAACAAGAAAUAUAUAAAGCCGACUUUGGUUCUGGCUCCGCUCGUCGCGCCGCCGGAGGAUGGGGUACCUGCUGUGCGCGUGCUGCCUCAAGACUUCGACGCCACGCACCCGGAGAAGUACAGGUAUUAUCCAGUGUGUGGUCAGCAUAACGCGAGGGCGGCGAUGAAACUGAAAGACCAUCCACUGUUCAAAAAGUUCAACAUGGGCGCUUGGCCUUUCAGACCAAUUUACUUCCCUGACGAGGAGUUCGACGGCUACGCCCAUGUCAGCUGCGAGGACAAUCUGAAAGACAAGAAGAAUCCAUCAAGGUUGCAGAUUUUGUCGAUGCAGAACAUUCGCCAAAUCUGGAAACUUAGGGGGAAACCGCGUGUCGUGCUCGGUAAUGUGUCGAAGAAACAGGAGGCGGUGCGUGAGUGGGUUAGGUUCAUGGGCUUGGCAAUGAAGAUGACGCCAUACGAGAGUUUGUGGGCACUGUCAGGGGAUGGUAAAAAGAAAAAGGAAUGGGCCGAGAAACUUCGGUACUAUCUGCCGCUGGCCAUGGCUGACGAGUCGGUGUUCCAAUUGGCGGAGAAGUUCUACAAGGAGUGGUCCGAAGGAAAACUUCUGGCGUCGAACGGCCAACGGUGGACUGAAAAGCCACCGACCAAUGAAGAGGUGGCUAGGUCGGGACUGUCGAUCGUGACUGACAGCAAGGGACAAAAGAAACACGUCUGGUACGUGAAGGUGGACGACCCUUCACUGAGAAAGGGCAAGGGCAAGCCUAAGAAAGGUGCAGUGGAGAAAACUUACUACGUCCAAGUUCCGGAGCCUCAUGUGCACAGCUGGAAGGAAUUGGCAGACCUAACGCACCGCGAGAAAAGAAGGUUGUUGAAGGGGGUCUUGAGCCUCAACGUCGUGUGGGUUCAAGGGAGUAACAAGAAGUUGGCGGAGCAGGGAAAGUUCAGCGUGAAGGAUAUGGUCGACAUAAUAAAAAUCGACCGGAUUAUGCUGAGGCUGUGGCACUACGUGGAGUUCGAGUACGAGGGCAAGCUUAAGGAGGAGUGGAAUGUCAAAGCGUCAUUCUUCACGUCCAAGCAGAAAUUGUUUGAAGAGUAUGCAGACAAAGGGUGUCCCCAUGACGCCAACACGAAGAAGACCUUGGCCCUCGUGAACGACCAACAUUUCCCGGCGGAGUGGAAACGGGUGGUCUUGUCGGUGAUUACAAGAGAUCGCGCGCAGAUCAAAAAGGGUCCUCAAGGCAUUGAUGAAUGCGUGAACAUUAUGUGGAGGAAGACAAGCGCAGUGACAACGCUGGCCACGUUCAUCGUGGACCCCUUCAAUGCCUCGGAUCGUAAGGACGCGCUAAGGAAAUUUGCACAUCAGUUACGCGCACAUACUUGCGUGCUCGACUUUUGCGGAACCGUUGAUCGGUCGCGCUGGGAUGCGGGGGCUUUCGCGUCUCUGAGGGAUUUGCUCGGCUUUGUCUUUCAGGACUACUGGACGUUGGUGGUGUUCGUCCCCUGCCUGUGGAACCUCCCAUUCAUGACGUCUUUGUCUGCCCUCGGGGCAACACGUUGCUACACGGGGAAAUGGGUGCGCAAAAUGCAGGUGAAGAAGACCCAUCAGUUCGGUAACAGCCUGUGGGAGGAGCCGGAUGUGAUGCACAUCCUUUUCAAAGGCGAGGAUCCGCUGCUGCUGACUCACCCUGUGUAYGAGGGAKCUCUUGYCGAAGACGAUGYCGCUGCUCUCCGYARGAAGCARAGAGCRACACCUACGGACGUUGUGGAGCAGCCUUUCAAGUCUUUGAAUUUCGCAGACUUCGAAAACCUCACCCAGCGGGGGACUGUGUACAAGGACCUUGAGAGGAACCCCAGUCARUUGUGUAGUCAGCUGCAGUUCUUCUGUGGUGUGGCGGAUGCCGUGCUGUUCCUGGGCAAGCCGCACGCACAGGUGGUGUGGAAUAUGCUUCACACCGGCAGGCACAUCUUGGCGCUUGAUGGGGACUGCACACAACUUCAAUACACCCAGCAAUUUGUUGUCCACGAAGUCGAGUCCGGGGCUUACGAUUACGAUUUCCACCAGGUAACCGUCGAGCCAGUAUAUGAUCCUGAUAAGGACAUGUUCAUCAAGUUAACACCUAAGAAACGACGCCAGGUCUACGACUUCCUUUUCGCAACUACACCUCGGUGGAGACUGGAAGAGAUGUUCCUGCGGCGAAAGGAAGUCGCCGUUGCUGUACUCCAGGGAUACCACGAGGCGAGUCGGGCGAGCGUAAUGGAUUUCAUGAGGAGGUUGGAAUACGUAUUCUUCAAUAAAGGUGUGCAAAAACCGGAGGACUUCACUUUGGACAAGUAUAGGCUGGCAUUUGGCGAGGACGACGACUUCAAUAUCGACACUGAGCAGGAGGUGAGCGUCGAGGACGACCUUUUCGAUUUGGAUGRCCAAUUUAAAAUYUUCAAYGAGCAAUUCCCUUCUGAGUCGCCCUCGGUAKGCAAACYGGGAACACCGGUCGUUACACMCACGUCAGGCGGUCCCACACCCRGGUCCUCCACGGCGCCUSUCAAGAGGGGUGGGUUGUCCCGUCUGAAGAGCUCGCCAGGGGAGGCACUUCGUCUAACACCGCACCCCGAACGUUUAAAACCAGGCCAACCAGUUCCUCUUGACCAUCCGCAUCUGUUGAAUCCUUCAGUGCCGUACCACAUGGGCGACAAGCACACCUUCUCCAAAGCAGAAGAAUGGGGCCAUGAUAUCGUAUGGCACCCCGACCACUUCCAGCCAGUGCUUCUUGAUGGCAAAUGGGCAGUGGCUGUGAGGGAGCAUACUAGGGGGUGGGCAUACGACGAGCGAUGGGACCUUGACACUUUCAGGGCUCAAGCCUACGACGCGGUAUUGGAGAACUUAAGUGAUGUUAAUCAACGAAACAGGGAGGACCCUGCUCUGCAAGCAUACGCGGAGAGCUUGUUCGAUCUGUUAGCUUCCAACAAAUGGUUGGAAAUAACCUCCGCGUUCUACAGCCUUCCGUCGAGCCCAUCAUUGAGCAAAGUGAAUUGGGAGCUUCCCGGGAUUACGCUGACCGCAGCAGUUGUGAAGCACAAGUCUCGAGGCAAGGACGACGAAGGGGAUGGUCAAGGCGGCCGUUUGCAUGAAUCGGGGGGAGGAAGUGACCGUCCGUCGAUGAGAAGAAAGUCUUCUGAGCACGAAGGGGGCAAAGAGGGAAAGAAGGGCAGUGGAGAGAAAAAAAAGCCUCGCAGCGGAGAGAAGAAGAAGCAUCACAACGGAGAGGGUAUCGGGGACAGUGAGGUGGCGGUGGUAGCAUGCAGCGCCUCGAUAGAGAUGGGAAACGACUUCACGCCAGGAUUGAUUUCGCAACCCGCCAAGCAGGAAUCCAUAAUUAGCUCCACCAGCACGACACAUGUGGUCGUGUCAACUUCGACGGCCGAUGGGCGUGAGGAUACCGAGAUGUUGUCCGUGAAAAUUUCAAAGGUCAUACAGGAAAAUUGUCCGUCUUCUGAAGUCUGUGUUCUAGACGUCGCCAUGGAAGCCCCGGAGAGUGAGUUAGCGCCCUCUUCCAGUGACAGGUCCCGCGCACCAGAAGCGGAAUGCCCUGUUCCGGUGUGCGCUUCGCUGGCUUUGAAAAGCGACUUUGCGGUGACAUGCGGAACGUCCGCGCCAUCAGGCCCUGCAGCAUCUCGGAUGAAUCCGAACCUGGGGGGCGUGGACGUGUCCAUCAAUGAUGGUGGUUUGGAGUCCGUGGUGUGCGGACACGUCGCCCCGUUGGACAGAGCGGAUGGAUUCGCGGGGAAUCGGAUUGAUCCGAAUCCGAGCGGCGUGGACAUGUUCGUUGACUCUCGGGGAGACGAAAUGCAGACCAUGGUCCUGGACGAGGGAGUCGUAUCGGGUUCCGACGACCCCUUAUACUCGGGCCUUCAUGACGACGCUAUAGGAGAGGAUAUUCUGAAGAAGGCUUCGGAGGGUUUUAAGGAUGGUUUGUUCUACGGAAGUGAGGACGACAAAGCCACUGCCGACGGCGACAAGAAGCUGAGGGAGGGAGAUAUCCUGUUGGACAUCCAAGGGGCCUUGAGCCUGCAGCACGACACUGCGGCCGCGAAGAAGACACAACCUGUUCAUCUUGUCGACCUCGACUCUUUCAGUUCGGAGAAGGGCGGCAUGAAAUCGUUUGUGGCGAUCGUUGAGGAUAUGAGCCUUCGGGAAGAAGUUCUGUCGUCUGAAGUCCUCGACGCCGACAUCUGGAACCUUUCAGGUUUCCCGGCUGGUUUGGAGCACGUCGUCGCGGCGUCGACAUGCAGGUUCUCGCAAGCCGUGAUGGGACUAGCACCGGUGGACUCGGGCCACGUGGGAGCUAAGCCUGGUAAGCGGUGAACUUCUCUGCUUGCCACCCGCUCGUCAAACCGAUCGUGAGGUGCUCUUUGCUU